AUGAUCGAGACGUUCAAGGACAUGAAGCACGGGAAGAGUGCGUACGAGGGGAAGGGCAUGGGGCUCGAGCGGACAGCCCACCAGAUCCUGCAUCACAUGGAGGAAAAGGACUGCGAGGACUCUUUGGAAAGCACAAGGGCAAGAGUACUAGCGAACGCCCGAGCGAUCUACGGUCCGAAUCGCUGCCUCGACAUAAUAAGCUUCGCCCCGACUUCCUCCCGCAAAAUUGGCGCCGCAAUCGUGGAGCAUAAUCCGGGCGGCAGAUCAUACAUCCACUGCUCCUCUGCCAAAGAAGAUACACGUCUCGCCGCCUGCGAGCACCUCCUUGUCAUCACCGAAGACAUCCUGCAACGGCUGAUUGACACAGAGGGUAUCACAAGCAGUGGGUGGCUACCCGCCACAGCGCAAGCGCAGCAUGCCGCUACGUACAGUGUGAAUGGAAGUGUGGCGGGCAGCGUGCAGCCGAGUAUCGCUGGGAGCGUGCCGGCGAGUCGAAGGAGUAGUGUGCAGCCGCCCGAAGGAUGCGGAGUGCUGACUUAUCACGACAGGCAUAACCACGACAUACACUCAGUUCACAGCCACAGUAGCAUGCCCGCAUUGCCUUACCCCGGUCUUAUGCGCAACAAUAGCGACAUGAUAUACCACUCCUCUCCACAACCGACACAGCUCAUUCCGCGAACCAACAGCGACGUAAUCCAACAACCGAAGCCCGUGCCCGUCGGGCAAUUCCAGGGUCACCGUCACGGCCGCGUUCAGUGGAAUUUGGGAUCUGAAGGUUAG